AGCUACCGGUGAUGACCCAGGAGUGAUAUAAGCCACUGCGUGCGUGGUCAGUGAGAGGGAAAAUGGAGGUGGCAGGAGCGGCGAUGGAAGGGAGGAAGGUGGUGGCCGGCAGGGCGGAGGCGAGCCCGGAGAGGGGCCGGCCGGCGUACGCGCCGCCGGCGAGGUCGGCGCCGGCCAGGCCCAUGAGGAAGGUGCAGAUCAUCUACUACCUCUGCAGGAACGGCCAGCUCGAGCACCCGCACUUCAUGGAGCUGGCCCAGCAUCCUCACCAGCCACUUCGCCUCAAAGAUGUGAUGGAUAAGCUCACGCUGCUCAGGGGGAAAGGCAUGCCUGCUCUCUUCUCGUGGUCUUGCAAGAGGAACUACAAGAACGGUUAUGUAUGGAACGACUUGUCGGAGAACGAUGUGAUCUAUCCGUCGGACGGCGUGGAGUACGUCCUCAAGGGCUCUGAGAUCUUCCCUGGCUGCUCUUCCGAUCGGUUCACACACCUUCGUGUAACCGAUAGGUCUCCGGCGAAGCGGCUGGCACUGCCGCCCAGCCACAAGCAGUACAUGGACAGCUACCGAGACGACGCCGGAGAGGAUCCUGAGGACGACGAGCUAGCGUACACGUACCACCGGCGAGCUGGCGCUCACGCUGCGGCUCGCCUCGCCGCCAAGCCCGUCUCGGCGCGCACCAACCGGAGCCGCCCGGUGGAGCUGCCCGUGGAGGAGACCUCGCCGCCGUCGUCGACCUCCUCCGACAAGCCUCCGGCCGCCCAGCAGCUGCAGCCGGGCCGCGGUGACGAGACCGAGUCGAACAGAGCAGGCUCCAUGCUCCUUCAGCUCAUCGCCUGCGGGUCGGCGACCGGCGGCGGCUCGGCUAAGUGCCGGACGGAGCCGAGGCGGAGCUGCGGUCUGGUGAGCCGGCUGGCGGCCUCCCGCGCCGGCACUGAAGACGACGACGAGGACGGCGACGGCGGCGGCGGCGAGCUGAGCCGGCGGUUCGGCCACCUGGCGGUGGAGGAGAAGGAGUACUUCAGCGGCAGCAUCGUGGAGAGCGGAGGCAGGGGCACGCCGCUGCCGUCCGGCUCGCUCAAACGCUCCAACUCGUACAACGAGGAGAGCAGGAGCUCAAGGCAUGGCGUCGGCGAGGAGAGGUCAUCGACGGCGGGUGAGCAGAUGGAAGGGGAGGAAGGGAUGAUCAGAGGGAGAUGCAUUCCGGGCAGGAAGAAACAGCAGAAGUAGUAGCAAGUUAACUAAGCUAGGCGCACUCUAAAAUCUCUAAUCAUUCAGAUUUGCAGGAUUAGACGUUAAUUAAUCUAGCUAGUUUGUACCAGUACGUACGUACUACUGCCUUUUUUUUCUUUCUAAUUUAAGAGGAAUUAAAGGAGACUACUGUGUGACAUGUCGCUGGUAGAUCUGGAAUGUUUGAUCAUUCUGCAAGUUCGGUUUCCUUUCUCGGUGAACAUAUGAACGUCA